AUCCCCAUGGGUCGAAGUGUCGCAGAGAAAGGGCAAAAGCGCAUGAAUAUAGUGACAACUGGCCAUGAAAAAUCACGCUUCACAGUGGUGCUAGCAUGUUGUGGCGAUGGAUCAAAGUUGCCACCAUUAGUUUCACAUGACCAUUGUAGAUAAUGGGCAAAAGUUUAGCUUUAACACAAGAAAAAAGGAACAUAGAAGACACAAGAAAACAGGACAGAAUGUGCGAAGGAAACAACGAAGGUGUGUAUACUGUACUUUUGUAGUGUUAAGUUACUGUGUGAUGAAAUUUGUUUUGUUCUCAGUAAGAUGACACUGUGAGUCAGACUGUUAUAUGGUUAUACUCCUGCAAUUUCCACUGGGUGACGAGCUCAUUGUGCAUGCACUGUGUUUGGCUUCUGCCAAGAGCUACUGUUUCCUCAGACUUGCGAGUGGCACGGUAUUUGAUCGACCAAUUUUUGGGGCCGGUGCCGAUAACGAUUUUUUUUCCAUCACCCUUAGCCGAUGGCCGAUUUUACUUGGGCCGAUAUUUGUGGCCAAUACUGCUUUUGAUCCCUCAAUUGCUGUUGAUCCCGCAACAUGUUUGUGUCUGUUGUUAUAUGGGAGCCAGGCAACGACAUUUCAUUGGCAAUUUCACUACUGUGUUUUUGUGCAAUGACAAUAAAGGGAGUCUAUCUAUCUAUCUAACAUGAAAAAAUGACAAUGAUAACAAAUAUUACAGGUCUCAAGUUUAAACAAAUAUUUAUUGAAAUGUAAACACUGAACACAGUAGAAUUCAGCUUUCUUAAACACACAUUUAAACGGCAUUAUCAACUUUAAAAAGAAUAAAUAUUCAACAUGUGCAAAGCAUUUCUGUUGUAGUUUAAGUUUUAGCUAGCAUCCUCCGCGGUGAGACGCAUGGAGGUGUGCGUCCACACACACAAACACAUCACACUGACACAAUUUAGUACGAUAUAUAAAACAUUUCUCUCAUCAUUAAAGUUCGUGUUGUGCAUGCUAAAGACCUCUGAUAAGCAGACACGGCUGCUCCAAUUCGUUCUGUGUGUGCGUGCGUGCUCGGAGAGAGCGCACACACAUAACACAACGCGCAUUUAACCUCAGCCUGGCGUUGGCUGAAUGAAACUCCUACAAACACCAUGGGACUGAAUUGCCAACGUUGACAUUAAAGCGGUGUUGGUAACAGCUGUACAUAUUAGCCUCCAACUACAUCAACAGCUCCCUAAUUACAACGGUAGGCACUUUUAAAGAUGAAGCAUUCAGCAAACUAAACUAUAUUUUCAAGCACGUAUAUUGCAUGCACUUGGCGUUCAUGUUUCCUAUUUCAAAGCAGGUGACAAUAUUUCAACUAAGUUUAACUGUUAGAGACUAAUUAAAAGUUGAAAAUGUACCCGUGUGAUUCACCAUUCUUUCAGUGGGGGAGGGGUACCGCGACUGUGUGUGUUGCAGGGUCUUCAAGCAACACAAACCUGCCCGGCGGAUGCCUGUCUGUAAAUCAUGUGGUGGUAAAAUGCAUCGGUGAACCCACUCCGAUAUCGAUUCAAGUACAGAACGCAAAUAUCGGCCCGAUAUAUCGGCCGGCCGAUGUAUCGGUCAAUCCUUAAUCACUAUGUCAGAGAAACUAGUGUUGUUUCCUUUAUGUUGGUGUCUAGACCUGUUGCGAGUCAGCUCCCUAAGGCUAGCUUCAAUGUUGGAUGCUCUCACCUAUAACUAAUGUGCGGGAGCCAGUAGACUGUGUCUGAGUAGGGCUUUCUAAGGGAGUAUACCUGUUAUGCGUCUCAAUUGGCUCACCGCGGUUAGCAGGCUGCUUAAGGCUAAUGCUAAUGAGACUAGUAGGAUGGCUACAACCUACGCUAUCCGGUGUGCCCGCUACAUCUAUCGUUACAAAAUUACUCUGCUCUAGUUGGCGGACACAGGGAAAGCCUCUCAAGGAGGACGUAACAGGAGUUGCACGAAGCAAUACUCACGUUUUUUGUUGAUCGGCGAGUUAGCAGGAAACUUGAAGAACAAGUCCGUUGACACCGCUGGAAGUCCAAGCCGAUGGGGCAAUCUUGGUCUAGUCAGUCGUUUUAGUGUUUGGAAAAAAUUGGUUGAAAAGAGAAGUCCAAAAGAAAAGGUCUGAAAGAAAAGGUCUGUUGAAAAUCGGAGUAAAUGGGGCUAGCUUAACCAGCGAGCAGUCUGUCAACACCGAUAACAACAGACUGUAAUUCCCUCCUUAAUUUCAGUGCCAUAGAAGUUAAAAUUUGACUUUUUAUUGGUAUUUACUUUCAUUUUUAUUAUUACAUUUGUCCAAACAGUUAUUUAGCUUCUUGAUAAUUUUAGAAAAUUGUGGUAAUAAGGAAACUGGUCAGUAGUUAAAAGGGUAUUCUGUUGUACUGGUUGUUAUACUUACUGUUUAAAAUACCCCAAUGAAGUAUAUGCAACAUCAUCUCAGCAGCCAUGCAGCCUUUGAAGUAAAUUGAUUCACAAUUGAUGAUCUGAUGCUGUGUGUCUAUUUCUGGAACAAAAAGCUUUCAUGGUGUUUCUCUCUCACGUUUGUUGUCCAUAUGUUUGGUAACAGUCCAGCUCUAAUGGAGCCCAGUGCCUCCAGCUUGACGCACACUGAAUGGAAGCUCUCAUUUCACCAACCACAGCUGCAGUGACUGAUAACGCUUUCUCGGCCAGAUGAGGAGGUGGUGGUAGACCAGGGUGGGACCAGCUCAGUGCUGAACAUCCACUAUGAGAAAGAAGAACUUGAAGGCCAUAGGACCCUCUUUGUUGGGGUCCGGAUGCCACGGCAGAGCCAUCGGCACCACAAGGCUCAUGGGUCUCGGCAUCGUAAGAAAGACAGGAGGGCAGGAAGCAUCUCAACGCCACACAGCGCGGAAAGUGAGAAGUCGCCCUGUCAUGACACGCCGUCCCAGCGAGUCCAGUUUAUUCUGGGAACUGAGGAAGAUGAUGAACACAUGGCCCAUGAGCUAUUCACUGAGCUGGAUGAGAUCUGUGUGAAAGAUGGCAAAGAUGCUGAGUGGAAGGAAACAGCCAGGUGGCUAAAGUUUGAGGAAGAUGUGGAGGAUGGCGGUGAGAGGUGGAGCAAACCGUACGUGGCCACGCUCUCUCUCCACAGUCUGUUUGAGCUACGGAGUUGCAUCAUCAACGGCAGUGUUCUGCUCGACAUGCAUGCCGACUGCAUUGAGGAGAUAGCAGACAUGGUCCUGGACCAUCAGGAGGCAUCCCAUGAGCUAGAUGACAGUGUGAGAGUCAAAGUGCGUGAGGCUUUGCUCAAGAGGCACCACCACCAGAACGAAAAGAAGAAGAAUCUCAUGCCCAUCGUGCGCUCCAUCGCCGAGGGAACUCGUAAACAGUCGGAGCCUCAUCUGACGGCAGGGUCAGCCAUAUCACCUCAGCCUCCACCUCCUGCAGACCCGGUUAAGAACGGUGCUGGACAGGACACGCAUCCAGUGGAUCUCAGCAAGGUGGACCUUCACUUUAUGAAGAAGAUCCCAGAAGGAGCAGAAGCCUCCAAUGUGCUUGUAGGAGAGCUGGACUUCCUGGAGAGACCCAUUGUGGCUUUUGUCCGGCUCUCCCCAGCUGUGCUGCUCACUGGCCUCACUGAGGUUCCGAUACCCACCAGGUUCCUCUUCAUUCUCCUGGGCCCGGAUGGAAAAGCACAGCAGUACCAUGAAAUUGGACGAUCCAUGGCAACAAUUAUGACAGAUGAGAUCUUCCAUGGUGUAGCUUACAAGGCCAAAGACAGAGGUGACCUACUAGCUGGCAUAGAUGAGUUUUUGGACCAGGUGACUGUCCUACCUCCAGGGGAGUGGGACCCUUCCAUCCGUAUCGAGCCACCGAAGAAUGUUCCAUCUCAGGAGAAGAGGAAGAUGCCUGGCAUCCCUAAUGGCACAGCCUACCAGGUCGAGGAAGAUCCCCAUGCUGAGCACCAUGGGCCGGAGCUGCAGAGAACUGGACGGUUGUUUGGUGGUCUGAUAAUGGAUAUCAAGAGGAAGGCUCCCUUCUAUCUGAGCGAUUUUAAAGAUGGCCUCAGCCUGCAGUGUGUGGCCUCUUUUCUCUUCCUAUACUGUGCUUGCAUGUCACCAGUCAUCACCUUUGGUGGGCUUCUGGGAGAGGCAACAGAGGGACGCAUUAGUGCCAUUGAAUCCUUACUCGGUGCAUCCAUGACUGGGGUCGCCUACUCGCUGUUUGCCGGCCAACCUCUCACCAUUCUAGGGAGCACAGGACCCGUGCUGGUGUUUGAGAAGAUCCUCUUCAAAUUCUGCAAGGACUAUGACCUCUCCUACUUGUCGCUGAGGACCUGCAUUGGCCUGUGGACGGCACUGCUGUGUUUGGUGCUGGUGGCCACAGACGCCAGCACUCUGGUGUGCUACAUCACUCGCUUCACAGAGGAGGCCUUCGCUGCCCUCAUCUGCAUCAUCUUCAUCUACGAGGCCUUGGAGAAGCUGUUCCACCUGGGAGAGAUUUACCCCUUCAACAAGCACAGUGAUCUGGACAAGCUGACGCUGGCAUACUGCCAGUGUGCAGAGCCAGCUCAUCCCAGCAAUAAAACCGUUGAACUGUGGAGCAAGAGAAAUAUCACUGCUGCAGACGUACCUUGGGCCAACCUCACUGUCAAGGAGUGUUUGAGCCUCGAGGGAGAUUUUGUCGGUACGGCAUGCGGCCACCAUGGACCCUAUACCCCAGAUGUCCUCUUCUGGUCUGUCAUCUUGUUCUUCUCCACCUUCUUCUUGUCAGCGUUCCUCAAACAGUUCAAAACGAGUCGAUACUUCCCCACCAAGGUGCGGUCCAUGAUCAGUGACUUUGCUGUAUUCCUCACUAUCGUGGUCAUGGUGUUGCUCGACUACAUCAUCGGCGUGCCCUCCCAGAAGUUAAAGGUUCCCAGCAAAUUCCAGCCCACUAGAGAAGACCGAGGGUGGUUGAUCAAUCCAAUAGGACGUAACCCUUGGUGGACGGUUCUGGCAGCCUCCAUUCCGGCUCUUCUCUGCACCAUCCUCAUCUUCAUGGACCAACAAAUAACUGCUGUUAUCAUAAACCGGAAAGAGCACAAAUUGCUGAAGGGUUGCGGCUACCACUUGGACCUCCUGAUGGUGGGUCUCAUGCUGGCCGUGUGCUCCAUCAUGGGCUUGCCAUGGUUUGUAGCCGCGACCGUUUUGUCCAUCACUCAUGUGAACAGUUUGAAGCUGGAGUCAGAGAGCUCUGCUCCAGGUGAGCAACCUCGCUUUCUGGGCAUCCGAGAGCAGAGACUCACCGGCCUGGUCAUCUUCUUGCUCAUGGGAUGUUCUGUGUUCAUGACUGGAGCACUUCAGUUCAUUCCGAUGCCAGUGUUGUAUGGUGUCUUCCUUUACAUGGGUGCCUCAUCAUUGAAGGGCAUACAGUUCUUUGAUCGUCUGAAGUUGUUUGGGAUGCCAGCCAAGCACCAACCAGACUUUAUCUAUCUGCGUCACGUUCCCUUGAGGAAGGUUCAUCUGUUCACGCUCACACAGCUAACCUGUCUAGUUCUCCUGUGGGUCAUCAAGACCUCACCUGCUGCGAUUGUCUUCCCCAUGAUGGUGCUGGCUUUGGUAUUCAUCCGCAAACUGCUGGACUUCUGUUUCUCCGAUCGGGAGCUCAGUUACCUGGACGAUCUCAUGCCUGAAUGGAAGAAGAAAAACCUUGAUGAUGCUUCCAAAACGAUUGAGGAGGAAACCCAGGUUAUGCUGGGUACCAAAAGCGAAGAUGGUGCAACUGUUCAGAUUCCCAUGGAGAGCAGUCAGCCAAUGCAGGCCUCAAAGUCGCAUGACCCCAGGUGUGAUCCCUCUGAUAUUAAUAUCUCUGAUGAAAUGUCUAAAACCACCAUGUGGAAAUCCCUCAGCUCCAAUCAAAAGGAUUCUCAGCCUGUGUCUGCUAAGAAGGUUUGAAGAGAUGACCUUCAUUGAUGAGUAACGAUUCCCACAGUCCGUGCAGCUGUGACAUAUAACGAACUGGACCUCAGGAUGUCCUGAUUUGGUUAUUUGGACUAUCAGCUGUCUGAGCUAAUUGGGAAAGUCUUUCCGAUUUCUACCAGCUCCAUGUAACACCUAACAGUACAGUUCGUCAACACACACACAUACAUACGUCCAUACGACAGGGGGAUUUUUAUUGCGGUCUCACAGCAAGAAGGUUAUGACAGAUCUUCUUGUCAGAUUUUGGAGUUUGUGCUGUCUCCCUCCUAUGGAUCAAUAACAUGUAAUAGUUAAAAUAAAAGUCAACUGGGGACCUCAGUUAUUACCGUACAAUUUGAUAAUCCAGGAAGCCAAAUAAUGAAGGGGCAGCAAAGUAGUCCUAAUACAGGAUGUCCCGAAAGUCUGGACAACAACAUUUUAUUCAACUAGAAUAUUAACAAAUAACAUCUUUAAUAUGCAAAGGUUGAUGGGCUUUGCAAGAAUCACAUGAACUUUUUUCUGUCCACACUUUAAUGCACCUCUUGCAAAUUCUCCAAUUUAGUUGUUAUUAGUGUGAAAUUCUAAAAAAAGCUUUUUAUUUAAAACUAUUUAUUUUUCUCUUUAAUACAAAUCCACAAGAAAUUCCAGUGUUUUUGUCCUUGGCUGCCAGUCCCACCAGGUUUUUUUUUGUGGAAUUUGGUUGCUUGAUCCUGCUAAUCUACCAAAAACCUACUUUCAUGGUGUCCAAAAAUUAAUGACCUGUAUCAUUAGAUAUGAAACAAAUUUAUGUUGUAGUCUAUAACAUAUUGACCUACACUGGGUUGGUUUUAACAUCUUUCAUGUACAAUGACCCCCUCCAUUUCCUUGGAAAUUUUUCCAGAAAAAAAUUGCUUAAUAGCCCUGGUUAAGAGUAUCACAAAUUUGUAUGGCUUCUUUAGGGCUUCUCAUGGGUGUGUCCAUGUUUUGUGGUGUUUCACUAUUCAUUGGGGUCUGUCGUAACCCCCGUGAACAAGAUUCUGAACAAUGAGCAAUGUUGAAGACUUGAAGACUUGCAGAGACCUUGUCACACUUGUAUCAAAAUCCCCCCAAAAGGGAGAUUAUAGAGGGAAAGUGUGUAUUCACAACUGCAAUCAUUCCCAGUUACAUGCUUGGCUCAAAACAUACCUAACCUUGCACUGGUUGCCGCUGGCAAGUACAAUACAAGCAUGGCUGUUAUGCAGAACUAUUAAUGCUGCAUUUGGGGCAUUAUACGAGGACAAGAUAUAAAAAAAAAACACUAAAUUACACAUCAAAUUAUUCUAACCCUUGAGGGCAGAGACUAAAAUGAAACUUUCAUUUAUGUAUGAGUGUCUGUCGCUCAUUGUUUCUCAUAUUUGUUGUGCACAGUUCUCUCGUUUGUGAUGACAUGGUCAGUAAUUUGGGACUCACAUUGCAGACCCAACCCUGACCCUCCUAACCUGAACCCUAACAUCCUAUCACUGAUCCUCCUAUCCCGAACCUCCUAACCCCCUUGACACUGACCUUCCGAGCCCUAAACCUCCAACCUAACUAACCCCCAACUCCUAACGCUAACUCCUCUAACACUACCCGUCCAACCCCUACCCCGCAACCCUAACCACACAACUCUAAACCCUCCAACACUGCCCUUUCCUACUCCUAUCCCCCUGACCUCGAAACCUCCUUGACGUUAACACUCAUGCCCCAACCCACCAACCCUAACCCUUCGUAAAACUAACCCUCCUCCUCUUAACCGAAUAAUGUCCCCCCAAUCCCUAAUCCCCUAACCUUGGUUAACCUCCUAACCCUGUCACUAACCUCCCAAGCUUAACCCUAAGCCCUUUACCACCAACCCUGACCUCCUAAAGCCCCGACACUAACCCUCCUAUCCUUAUCGCUAUGACCCUUAGCCCUAUGACCCUUAACCCGAAGGCCCUAAUCUUAACCCUAUCCCUAACCUCCUAAACCUAAACCUAACCUCAUUUUUGAAUGUAAAUGUAAAUGUGUAUUUUGUGUAGUGAAUAAAUAUUAAAUAUUAGAGGAUCCACAUGAGUGGACACAGCCAAAAGUACUCUAACGUAGUAGUGUCUUAUUUCUUUACCUCAGACUAGUUUGUUUAAACUUAUGCAAGGCACUUUGUGGGGAAGGUUUUGGGCGUGUCAGAGGGCAGUGAUAAUGAUUUGCUCUAUUUUUUUUGUGGCGGAGAGAAGUUAUUGGAGCAAUAAUUGACCCAAUCUCAAGUGAACAAUAACGAUAUCAAAUAUACAUUAAUAAUUAUUAUUAUCAUUAUUACAAUCUUCAGGGAUGCUUUGUGCCAGUUAACAGAAAUAGUAACAUUUGAGCAGUGACCGGUGCCAUUCAGUCCUUUUUGACUUUAAACUGUGCUUUAUUUGUGGUAGCACUUUGUGUAGAUACAUCUGUUUAAGAUUAAGAUGAUUUUAUUUUUAAGAGACCUAUUUCACAGUUACAAUCACUUAUUUUUGAUGAAUGACUUUCUGUAUAAAGCGUAAGAAGCUAGGAUGUGUUAAGAGGAAGAUUGGCGUAUUAUUUCCUGUUUUGGUGUAGGGCAAAUAAACAAAAAGCAAAAAAAAGUUUUUGUUAGGGGCCUUAGAAUCUGCCUUUUAGAGGGAAUAACGUAUACUCUUUUUGCCUAUCUUCCGUCGUCAUCUUGUAGGCACAUUAAUCCAUGACUGUAACACGCUGUAAUGCCUCCUCCUUGUUCUUAUGGUCUGUAUUUGUGUCUUGUAUUUUCAAGUAAGGCAUUAGAAUGUUAAUAUUAACUGUGUGCACAUGAGGAUGACAAAGUUUGUGGAGGGCAUGACUUAAUAUUCAUUGUGUACAGUCAUAUGAAUUAAUGAGGACAAAUAUAUGUUAGGGCUGUCAAAUGAUGAAUACAUUAAAAAACACGUAUGUAUUAAGAGCUCCAAAUGAACUGAAUAUGCCAAUCAAGAUCAAAUACACCUCACAAGUUUAGGUAGCUUAGCUAUUAUGCUCAUUUUUUGUCCCUUUGUAUAGCGUUGUGGACUCCCAUAGAGCAGCUACACAUGAUAACCAGCACAGAAAGCGUUCCUCCAGAAUCUGCACCUAUUCAGCUGUAUAAAACGGUCUGUUUAUUAUUUAUUCUGCCCACAGCCCGCCUCCAGGCACGCCCAAUUUGCUGUGGUUGGUCACACUGCAGAGUGCAUAGAAACACUUCUGGUUUGUGUUGUCAACUCUAUAUGAGUUGAUAAACAGCGAUUUAUCUUUUUCAAAUGUCCGCUUUUAACAUACAGCCAUAUGAGUUGGAUCCAAAAUCUGAGUGUACAGUGGAGACUGUAGAUCUGGGCAGGCAUGGGACCCACCCUAGCCCAGCUGCCUUCCACUUUUAAUUACUUCAUAUGAUACAUACACCACACAUAGGUCAGCCCUUUGGUGCAGGCCUAUUUUUAAUUGCACAAUAUACACAAUACCAUCUUAUUACACACACAGGCGUGGCGGGCUGGACCGGAGAGCCUUCUGCCUACCCCGCGAUUGGCCCGCUGGCUGCUGGGGCGCGGCAGCUCGCUCGGGGUGGCCUGGGCUGCGGGAUGAUUUGGUCUGGUCCACCUAGCCUUCCUGGGGGUCCUGCUGGAACCAGCUGAUACUGGGGCUUGCCGGAGGGUCGCGGGCAUCUCUGUGCCCUUGGGGGGGCGUUCAGCAGUCUCCGGGCAGUGGGGCCCAUGCUGCUGGUGGCCUGAAGUCUGCGGCGGUGGCUUGGGGUUGCUGCGCUGUGGUGGCUGCUGUGGGGACCGAGCUGUGUGUUGGGGUGGGGCCU